CUGGGGCGGAACUGGGGGGAACUGGGAGGACGCUUCGGGCACUGACAGGGGGUCCCAGGUGCUCUGGGGGGUCCCAUCGCUGGUUUUGGGGUUCCCCACUUUGGGGGGCGCUCUCAGGCGUUUCUGGGGGGUUCCCAUCACUGUUUUUGGGGUUCCCGCGGCUGUUUUCGGGCUUCCCAUCACUGUUUCGGGGUGCCAGGUUCCGGGGUGCUCUCGGCUGUAUUUUUGGGGUUCCCAUGGGUAUUUUUGGGGUUCCCGUGGCUGUUUUCGGGCUUCCCAUCGCUGUUUCGGGGUGCCAGGUUUCGGGGUGCUCUCGGCUGUACUUUUGGGGUUCCCACGGCUGUUUUCGGGGUUCCCAUGGGUAUUUUCGGGAUUCCCGCGGGUAUUUUCGGGGUUCCUGUGGCUGUUUUCGGGGUUCCCAUGGCUGUUUCGGGGUGCCAGGUUCCAGGGUGCUCUCGGCUGUAUUUUCGGGGUUCCCGUGGCUGUUUUCGGGGUUCCCAUGGGUAUUUUCGCGGUGCCAGGUUCCGGGAUGCUCUCAGCUGUACUUUUGGGGUUCCCACGGGUAUUUUUGGGGUUCCCAAGGCUGUUUUCAGGGUUCCCAAGGCAGUUUUCGGGGUUCCCAAGGGUAUUUUCGGGGUUCCCAUCCCUGUUUCGGGGUGCCAGGUUCCGGAGUGCUCUCGGCUGUAUUUUCGGGGUUCCCGUGGCUGUUUUCGGGGUUCCCGCGGGUAUUUUCGGGGUUCCCACGGCUGUUUUCGGGGUUCCCAUCCCUGUUUCGGGGUUCCCGCGGGUAUUUUCGGGGUUCCCAUCCCUGUUUUCGGGGUUCCCGCGGGUAUUUUCGGGGUUCCCAUCCCUGUUUCGGGGUUCCCACGGCUGUUUCGGGGUGCCAGGUUCCGGGGUGCCCCCCAGGACGAGCUCCUGGCCGUGGGGCCCUCGCGGCUGCAGCGGCUCCGGCGCCGCUCGGGCUCCGAGAGCCGGAGCUGGAGCUACAGCGAGCUGCGGCGGUGGGACGUGAACUGGGACAGCGGGGAGCCCGCUGCCCCCCAGGUGCGGCUGUGGCUCAGCGGUGACGUCAUGCUGGGGCUGCGCGUGCUCUCGGCGCCCCCCCGCGUCCUGCACCAGUUCCUGGGGGGGUACCUGGCCCUGGGGGGGGCCCCCCGCGACCCCCGCGAGCUGCAGCGCCUCAUGGAGGGGGGGUACGACCCCUGAGCCCCCCCCCGGCUGCUGUCCCUGUCCCCAAAGUGUCACCCCCCGCCCCAAAUAAAGCUCAAGGCGCUC